GAGCCCCGUCCUGUCUGCGUGCCCUGCAAGAUGGCGGCGGCAGAGCCGCCGCGACCCUGGAGCGCCGAGGAGCUGCGGAGCGAGGCGCUGCCCAAGAAAGACGUCAUCAAGUUCCUGCAGGAGCACGCGGCGCAGGCGUUCCUUGCAGAGCACAAGCUGCUGGGGCAAAUCAAGAAUGUGGCCAAGACAGCCAACAAGGACCAGCUGGUCGCGGCCUACAACCAGCUCUUUGAAACGCAGCGCUUUAAAGGCACAGAGAUUGCAGAUCAAGCGACUGAAAAGGUAAAGAACGUCACGGUCGCUGAAGGCAAGGCCAAAGAAACGAAGCCUGAAGAAAUUGUCGAUGAGGGCCCACCAAAGUACACAAAGUCCGUCCUGAAAAAGGGGGAUAAAACCAACUUUCCAAAAAAAGGAGAUGUCGUUCAUUGCUGGUAUACGGGGAAAUUACAGGAUGGCACCGUCUUCGAUACCAACAUUCAAACAAGCUCAAAGAAGAAAAAAGGAGCCAAACCUUUAAGCUUUAAAGUCGGUGUCGGAAAAGUCAUCAGAGGCUGGGACGAAGCCCUCCUGACCAUGAGUAAAGGGGAAAAGGCUCAGCUAGAAAUCGAACCUGAAUGGGCCUAUGGCAAGAAGGGGCUGCCUGAUGGCAAGAUCCCGCCAAACGCAAAGCUCUUCUUUGAAGUUGAGCUGGUGGAUAUCGACUGAUGCAAAGACUGAUGCCUUCCUUUGGCUGCGGUGACCUCAUCUGUGCAGGAGUUGGCUGACAGGGGCGGAUCUGCCCUGGCAACUUCAGGAGCUAGUGACAGCUGUGGCCUUGCCUAUUGAAAUCAGCCGGUUUGUCCCAACGGCUGUUCAGUAAACACCACUAAAGAAAACUCCAUUGCCCCGUGCACGUGAUUGAGCUGAUUUUUCUUGUGCUGUGAUGCUACAGUAGCUCCCCUGGAAAAGCUGCUGCUGUGGAAGAAGCAAAUGCUGCAUAAAUCCAAUCUAAAGCAUCUGCUCCAACCAGAGGGGUAGAGGAAGGGAACAGCUCUCACUGUCAGCAUUUUCCCUCCUCAAACCCACAUGGGGGGGCUGUUUCUGCCCAUCUUUGGAGCCCCAGCUCUGCUCUAGCUUAGAGGAUGGCAAACUGCAGGUGAACACAUCACUGCAUCUGCUGUAGCAGUUGGAUGUCUCCAGAACAGGGCUGGGCUGUGCUGUAGCAUAGCUUUCUGAUUGCAGCCCUGCUGCAAGGAUUUCUUUUUUCAUGGCUGAACCAGACUGCAAAACAGGAGAUGGAGAUGCAGUGACAGAGAGCAAGCAAUCUCCAGCUAAGAACCCAGGAGUUGCUCGGGGUCUAGCUGAGCCUGGUGGAGGUGGGGAAUGGCACUAGAAUUUCAUCAGGUCAGGAAAGAGAUGCAAAGGGGGCAGCUCUUGGAGCCUAAAAGCAGAGGUAAGCAGAGAUGCGGUUGGCCCAGCAGAGUGGAUCAGCUGUCUCAUAAUAUACUAAAGGGGUGUUAAGAGAUGCAGGGGCGUGCAGUCCUGGAGCAUAAAAGUUUGAGUUGUUUGCUACCACUUCAUCCACCAGCCCCUGACACGGGUUCUCCAAAUGAGCAGUUGUCCAGCAGUUUCAGUACUGCCAGUUCCGUCUUAGAGGAGGUUUAAAGCAGUUGUGACCUCCCUAGAGCCUUGUAGACUGAUUUGUUUCCACUGAACACAGCUGGAUGGUAGGUAAAGGUCUACUGCAGCUGCCUCUUCUGUAUAACAGUUCUGUUCAAGGGCUUGAGCCAAACCCUGGGUAACAGGCUCCAGCCCCUUUGUACAACUGCCAGCAAGUGAAGGAUGUCCAGUUCCACUUGCAAAAGGAAAUGCUUACUGUCCAUAUCCGAGUUCCCAUUUAUAAACCCGAUGGUUUGCCUGCCUCUUUUUAUAGCGCUUGAAGCCCCUCAGGGCAGGGGCCAGCUCACACUCGUACCUUGUAUGUUUUACCCACAGACAUGUUCUAGGAAGACAGCUGCAGCACAGUAGAGGUGCUUGAACAAGUGGGGAAACCCUUCCCUGUUUCUGAUUGUGCUCUGGGAGGUUUAUAGGCCUGAGCCAUUCAGAAAGGGACCCAUGUGGUGGUCUGUUGACCCCCUAGUGCCCCAAUGGGUUUUUCAGCCCAGCUUUGUUCCUUAUGUCAGUGUGCCCCAGAGAGGGUAACAGGUGACCAAACUGCUGGUUGGAAGGGGAUGUUUCCACCUGACGUACAGUGACUGGCACUGAUGUAGUGAGUUAUCACAGACGUUAAACAGCUGCCUGAAGGAUGGGCACAGUUUUGUUGAACAGGUUGCAUCAUUUUCUGGCUUGUGUUCAGUUUAAAGGUGGCGUAGCCUUCACAUGGUCACUGAGCGCAACAAAAAGCUAUUAGUCAUUAGGGAUGGUGGGGCAACCGUAUGUCUAUUUUUCAAGCACCAUAACAUGGAUACAGCUGGGCUAGUUCCUUCUCAUUGAGCCUGGCAAGCUACAUGGGUUUGAGUGUUUAGCUGUUUGGACCCUGGGAGCCUUAACCACUACCACUGCCUAAGGGAAGGACAUUUGGAUCCCAUGUGCCAGAUAAGUCCAGGAAGCAGAGCAGCCCAGCUGCUUCCCUUUGUGCCCCUGUCAUUGCAGGCAGCACUGAAGCAGUAUGCUCAGCCCUCUGCUCUAGGAUACCUUCUCCCAAGCAGAAGACAGCUGGUUAGCUGAAACAGCACAAAAAGGCACAUGCUGUAGGUGGUAACUGCUCUGUAGCGUAGAGCAGAGGUGGUUCCCCAACCCUACUGUCAGUCCUCCCAGUCUCAGAGACCAGCUUUCAUAGGAAAUCCUGUAAAGGAACGUGGGAUCCAGCACAGUCAGCAAGCAGCAUAUAUAUAGUCUGUCUGAACACCACCAACACUAAGCAAAUGCAGAGCCCUGCCACAGCUGUCUGUGCACACCCAACUUCCAAAGUAGCAGUCAUCUGCUCCUUCAGUGCUGGUGUUUGAACACUACAGGUUCACCUUUGCUGCCUCAAUCUCGGUGCUUCUGUGAUCUUAAGUCAGCUAACGCUCAUUUUUUAACUGCUUUAAGCCAAAGGUUGCGAAUAAAAGUUACCUGGACAAUAGCUGCAUGGCUAA